AUGAUGCCCGUCAAGUCCGCCGUCGCGCACACCCCGCGCUUCGCGGCCCCAGCGCCCACACAGGCAGCGCUGUGCACCUCCAGCGGGCCCGUGCAGCGACGCGCAGCCCUCGACCCCGCGCACCGGCUCCAGCCGCUCCGCGUCGCAGUGCUGCGGCAGCCCGCAACGACGCUCCACGCCGCAGCGCCGCCCUCCGCGAUCGCCGGCGCCGCGGCCGCGGUCAGCGCCGACGACGGCAACACCCCCCUCCCCCUCGACUUCCACCCCGCGCCGCUGCGCCCGGCGCAGUGGGCCGCCACCGCGGCCGCAGGGGUCCUCACGACGGUCCUGGUCUUCGCGGCCACGCAGGCGCUCGCCGCGGCGGUCGCACCCACCGUACCGCCGCCACCGCCGUGGCUGCCCGCGUUCCUCGUCACCGUCGCGCGGGCGCUCGCCGCGGCCGCGCCGCCGACGCUCUCUGGCCUCGCCGGCUGCGGCGCCGUCAUACUGGCGUGGGACAGCUUCCUCGAGUCGCAAUUCAAGGCCCUGGAAGUCACUCCGAGGGAACUGCAGCGGCGCGGGUUCCUCGGGGAAGGAGCGGGGCUGCUGGCGUGCCGCGGCGCGAGGCGGGCCGGCCCCACGUUCGACGUGCGGUACAUCCGCACGGCGCCUGCGGGCGGCGCGUCGCGGCGGCGCGUGCACUGCCUGCAUGGCUUCGGCGCCUCAGCCGGGUCGUGGGCGCUGUGCCAGCAGGGGUUGGCGGACGCGCUCGGCGCGGUGGUGACGGCGCACGACAUGCCGGGCUUCGGGCUGACCGAGCGCCCGGCGUCGCUGCGCGACUACACGUCAGACUCGAACGCCAGUAUAAUCAUGGACAUUGUCAACGCCGUGGACAGGCCUGAGUCAGGGGGGGCGGCGGAGAGCGUCCCGGGCGGCCCGGAGGUCGGCAAGCGGCUCGGCGACAGCGGGCGGGAGGAUUCGGCGUCGUCUGUCGCGAACGACGACCCUGACGCGUCGGUGCGGAACUCCCCCACGCGCAGCGGGCGCGACGGGCCGUCGGGCGGCGCGGUGCUGAUGGGGCACUCGCUCGGCGCGCUCUCGGUCUCCGAGGCGCUCAUCAGCAACCCGCGGGCCGUGUCCGCGGUCGUCCUCAUCGCGCCGGCGCUCCUCGCGCCCCCCGGAGGGCCGGUGCCGGCGCCGGGCGGAAUCUUCGCGGCGCUGUUCGCGCUGUUCCGGUCGAUCGCCGGCUACAUCACCGCGACGUUCAUCGCGCUCGCGACGCCCUUCUCGGUCAUCGCGCUGCGCCGCCUCGUGCGCAACCGCUCGUUCUGGGAGGCGGGCCUCAAACGUGCGUGGUACUGGCCGGCCGCGAAGGGCACGGCGCGCGAGGCCGGGCUGCUGUCGCUCAUCGACGACUACCGCAUUCCGCAGAUCACGCGCGGGUGGGACUACGGGCUGCUGAAGUUCGUGCGAUCGCGCAUCGGCGGGGGCUCCGCCGGCCCGCUGGCGGUCACGCGCGGCGUGCGCGAGGCGCUGCGGCCCACGCUGGUGCGGCUCGGGCGGGUCCUGCGGGAGACCGGCGUGCCCGUGCUGAUCGUGCACGGAGCGCAGGACACGCUCGUCCCGUUGUCAAACAGCAAGAGGCUCGCGGAGCAGAUUCCGGGUGCGCGGCUGAUGGAGUUUGACAAGUGCGGGCACACGCCGCACGAGGAGUACCCGGAGGAGUUCGUGGCGGCGGUCAGGGAGUGGCUGGAGGAGGCGGAGGCGCGCCGGGGCUGA